GGCCGCGCCUCCAGCCUUUAGCGAUCACUACGUCGUCUCUCAACCCUUCUUCCCCGUUUCUCGCCACAUCGCCUCCCCGGCCUCCGAAUCUCACCCGCAAAGCAAUGUCUGCCCACCCAACUCGCUCAGGCAGACACUCUUUACCCCCCUCAGCCCCCUCCGCCGCCCGGGCAUCGACUGCAUCGGCAAGUGGAGGAAGUCAUCUGCGAGACGGUGGAGUGGGCAAUGCAAAGUCGCCCCUCUCGAUUUCGAUCUCGCUUGGUAAUCUGCGCGGGGCGAGUGAAGGGUCGAGGAGCAGCCCGGCGCCUGCUGGGGCUGGAAGCAGUACGGGGGCAAACGGGAGUGGGAGCGCCAGGUCUGCUGCUGCUGGGGGCGUCACGACUCCAGGAACGGGUCCGAAGAAAGACAAGCCAAAGAAAAAGAGGGGAAUGAAGGGGUGGGCGUGGGUUGUAGAGGAUGAGAAUGGGAAUGUGGUGGAUAUACCGGAUGAGGAGGAUGGUCGGGCGGGCAAGGGGAAAAAGGUCGUCGCUGUCAAUGAUGGGGACGCCUCUUCGAGUGGCCCUCCCGUUGGAACUCAGACGCCUGUGGUGAUCGCUGCGACGACCACUGCCGAUACGGUGCUCCAGACGCCCCGGGAAGAGGAAAAGGUGGUGCGCGAAGAGGUGCAGACGCCCAAGAGCCAAGGCAAGUGCUAUAGAAGGGCGUGUGGCAUGUCUGUUGACUGAUGUUCUUUGCCGCGUUCACAGCCUCUAUGGUGCCCCUGGAGGAGGGUGUGCUGGGGAAGCGAGUGCACGAGUCGAGCCCACCCGGCGCAGAGGUGCCCGCCGAGGAUGCCAGCGCAGACAUUCCACCCGUCGAAGAACCCGUCAGCAUCCCCACCGCCACCGAUGCGCAUCGCAGCAAAGUACGACGCAAAGAGUCACCACCUCCUGUCGCCCCACCUCCUGUCGUCGUCACUUCCGCACCCAUCGCCAUCGCCGCUCUCACCCCUGCCGCUCCCCCAACACCGACUGUAUCAAUCACACCCAUCGCCACGCCCUCCACGGCUGCCACCCCUAUCACUGCUCCUUCGGCGCCCAUGAUCACUUCCACCGCACCCACACCAGUGGAUGCCACCACCCCGAACGUCACCGCACCCCCCGGUCAUGUCGCCAAAGCAGCCGCCGUCCGCCGCACCCAGCCAGCCCGCCAGCCUCUGCCCGCGGCCCGCGUCCGAGCGCAACUGACUCGAGAUCGCGAAGCCGUCAGCCGUGCUGGGUCUGCCCAUGUAGUAGACGAUGACGCGCCGCUUGCUGUACCUCCCGCGAGGGCGGGGUUGGCCGACGGAGCGCACGCUAGCCCGAGGGAGCUCGCGUUGAGGGAAGAAAUGGCGUUGUUCCAGGAGGCAAUGUUGAUGAUUGACGAGGCGGAGAAGAACAGGGAGAUGAGCUAUGAGCCUGAAAGAGGGUCGAGGACGAGACGAGGGGGCAGGGAUGGAGACGUGGACGGAACCGAGUCGGACGAUGAUGACUGGGAUAGUGACGUCGGAACUUCUCGCGGUCAUUCUCGAAGAAGGCGCAAAAGGCGCCCACACUCUUCUGGAAAGGCGUCUCCGGCUAGGGCCUCUUCUCGAUCCUUUGAAGAGCAGUGGGACAACAUCCAGACCUAUUAUCGUCACAAAUCAGCAGAGGCGCGAGCGGUCGAAGCUCGAGAACCUCCAGAUCUCAGCAGAUCUCGCGAGCCAGUGGUUGUGGUCGCCACCAAUCCUCGAGAAACCUUUCCAAAGGAUAGAGUUGAGAAGGGAUACGUGAAUGGCUUGUCGGGUAUGACGGAGGAUAUGGAGGCUGAUGCCGAGGGGUUUGUCACGAACGUGAGGUCAAAUCUGACCGCCAUCACCACCUAUUACUUUCCCCAGAAAACAGUAAAGAGGGAUGCGUUUUUGGAGAGGAUCGGGAGAGGCCUGCAGCGCCUGGGAGAAGAGUUGACGGACAAUGGGGACGCGGCGGUGCCACCUUGAAUCUGUAGAAAUGUGUCUUGACUAUCUUGUGUGCUGAAUGGAACGGGAAGGGAGAUUAUCUAUGCCAGCAUUCAAAAGGGAUGAAGUCUUUGCCUUCUGUAACUUGUGUCUUGGGACUGGUGGCAUAACGAGGAUGAUGACGUGAAACGCUGUUGCGAUUAUUCAUGGGUUUAAGCAACGUAUUCAAUGGUGUGCAUGUCAGAUCGGAC